GCAAGAAUGGAAGGGUGGUGCGUCAAGUCUGGAGGAAUUUGCCCUGAUGAUGAAGCAGCCGAGAACCAGGGCUACUAUCGCAGACAAGUUCGGUGAUGCAAGAAUGGCUGCAACUUUGUUGUCAGUCAUCCGAUCACCUGAUCAAGACCUCUUUGUGGCGACCGACUAUCCUCCCUCAGCAUCUGAGCUUGUCGCUAAGCACAGUGUGGAGGCAUACCUGGACGGCCAGAAGCUUGUGGCUGAUCUUGAACGCGCCGCAAAAGGUCACAAGUACGACUUCUCGACGACACGCGAAGCAAUUGAGGUCUCACGACAAGCGGCAGCGUUUCAGAUCCAAGUCCUUCGGCUUGGAAAGAAUAUCGACUGGAUGAUCGAAGCAACACCAGACUGCAAACUUGCACCUGUGUCACGUCCAGUUCUGGGACGAGCAAUGAUAGUCAAGACACAUGACAGUGUCGGUGAAUUUCCUCGGUUCCGUAAGUGCCCUCUGGUGGAAAACUUAACCGUCAUAUCGGCCUACGAGUUUCAGUGGGCCAACGACAAGACCCCUUAUCUUGUCGAGCUCACAGUUUUGCGCUGGUGGGCCACCUCUGCGUCUUGCGAGCAGGGCGACGUGCCCGUGACGAGUUUGGGCAUAGCAAUGCGUGAUGACGAGCGGGGUCUGGAGGUUGACAAGGAGACUGUGGCUCAGCUGAUCGAGCACAUCGGUUUGCUCGCAAAAAUCAUCGACGAAAUGGUGGAGUAGUGACAACGACCAACGCUCUCUGGCAGGGUGCGAAGAGAGUUGUGGCCAUUUAAGAGGACCGGUCACACUGUGUUAGUGCUCAUGUCACUUAUGAGGUCCAGAAGGUUCCAGGAAUCAUCUCCGUUCUUGGAGGUCUAUUCUCGGAGAACAUCAUGUUGAGAUGUUGCAAAAGGUAGGCAGUGAUGCUAGCGGAAGACGCCUAU